AUCGUAUUAUUACUCCUCAAAUGUAUUAUUAUAGACGUUGUAAGCAUAGCUGGUAGUUAGCGCGAGCAACGGGUUCUGUUUCCAUGGAGAUGAAACUUUGCGUAAUGACAGCCUGCCUACUGUAGUAACUCUGAAAAACAGCGGGAAGAUAUCUGAAGGCAUACAAGGGUUUGUUGUUACUGUGAGAUAUGUCAUCAGGUUCUCAGUCCACUGAAGACUUCGGAUUUCUGAGAAAAAAUGGCGCCUAUUCACGCAUUGAACUCCCACCGAAACCAAGGCAACCAGCGACAAAAACAACUGAAACCCGUGACGCUACUCCUCGACUGAGAUUUAACAGUAUGACGCUGGAUGAACUGAGUGAGGAGCUUGACAAGCGAACCAAAGAAACUCAAAGAUUGCAGGAGGUGGUGGAAAAUGCUACAAAAGCAGCACUACAGAGGUUUGGCUGCACGCAUUGUAUCAACAACUCACAUGGACAAAGCUGCCACGAACCCACAUUUAACGUCUCUUCCCAGCAGGCAGUGGCAACGCCCUGGCUCUGUGGCCAGAAUGUAAGCCAAGCAGUGGACCAAAGGCUUGUUAGUUCAGCUGAAAAUGACCUGCACAAUGCAAUGGAUGUUUGUCCUCAACAACUGCCUGGUUUACAGCUCAAAAAGACACAUGAUCAGUCAAAACAGGGAAUGCUUAGUUUUGACAAAGCCAUUGUGAACCUGCAGACGGAACUGCAUAAAGUGGAGAUGGAGAAGGAGGCCCAGUCUAGCUUCAGAUUGAAAGAGUCGAUAACACAUGUUGAUCAGAUGAAAAAGAUGCUGUGCAUGUUGGAGGAUCUCCAAAACAUUAAAAGGACUGCGGACCAGAAACUUCAAGACACAGAGGCUGAAGCAUUUGCACUUAAUAAGAAAGUAGAAAAACUCGAAGAGGUCAUGAAGAAAAUGUAUUCUUCAGUCUUAUUUGAUGAGCAUAAGCAAUGUGUCAACGAUGAUGUGACCAGUCCAAACAUUACCACUCAUUCAUCUGGUGCCUUAAAGUUAAGCGACGGUGAUAAGAAUGAAAUAGACAAGCUACAAGAGAAAGCUGUUUUGUCACUAGAUCAUCUGCGAAGUGAAGAAUGCGGUGGAUUAAAAGAGCAAAAAGAGAGAAUGGAAGACUUAAUUGCAUGUCUUGGCCAAGAGGUGGCGCUGUUGACUCACAUGUUGACUUCGUCAAAAACAUCCAGCGUCAGCUUGAGUAUAAAGUUAGAGCAACUAAAGAAACUUGUAGAGCGACAGACGUCACUGCAGCAUUGCCAAGUCACUGAACUAGAGUCAACCCUUUCUAGCCAUAAAGAUAACAUUUGUUGUCUGGAGCAGCAGCUCUUUCAGGCUCAGUCUCAGCUGAUGGAUGCUCGAACAAAGCAGGAGCAAUCUUUACAACAAGCAGAGGAACUUCAAUCCCAGUUUGAGCAACUCCAGAACUAUGGCAGUCAGCAGCAGUCUGAGCUGCAGAUGGAGGUGAAUUUCCUGAGAGGACGACUGGAGGUGGCCAGGGAGCAGCUUUGCAGAGAUGGAGAGAAGGAAAUCUACUUGCAGGCCUUGUUUGAGCGAAGGGUCCAAGAGCAGAGGGAAACCCAGGUACUCCUCCAGGAGAAAGACAAAGUACUUCAACUGAGGCAGCAAGAAAACAGGGAGCUCCUUUCCAGUUUGGAAGAGGGUGAGAGAGAGUGCCAGACCCUGCAUGCAGAAGGAGAGACACUGAGGCUGAAGCUGGAGGAUCAAGAGAAGAUAAUAAAUAUUUUGAGAUUGCAAACAGAGAGCAGUGUCCUGAUGACAGAGCAGCACAGCCACACUAUUGAAAGCUUACACCAGGAGAAUAGCCUCCUCAGCAACCAGCUAAACCAGCAUAAGCUGGAGCUUGAGCACCUUAGGGCUGAGUUGGACCAGCACAAGUCAGACCUGGCUGCUGCAGAGCGUGAGAGGCAGCAGCUUCAGGCCUCUAUGGCUGAACAAAGGCAACGUGUCCAAGAGGAGACUCUGGAGAAGCAGCAUCUGAUCACCCAGCUGGAGAGCCAGCACAUACAGUUUCUCACCCUUUCAAAGGAGUAUAAGGAGUUGCAAAGGCUGCACAGCUGUAGGAAAGAGGAGCACGAGGGUGUGGUGCUGGAGCUUCAGAGUCAGCUAAAGAACACCCAUGAUGAGCUGGACCAGGUCAGAACCACUCUGAGGACUCUGGAAGAAGCUGAUGGACACGGUCUUCAAGUAGCCAUGGACAUGCAGAAGGAAAUAACUGCCAGACGAGAGCAGGUUGACAAACUGCAGGGCAACGUCCUCCAUCUAGAAGAGGCUCUGGACAAAAUGUACCAGAAAAAGCGUUACCAAAACCUGAAAACCCAGCGUCAGCUCCAGGAGCUCAGUUUCAUCAGGGAGGAAAAAAGACAACUUGCUAAUGAGCUUGAGGCUCUUCGCCCUAAAGACCAACUGUUAAGGGACCGCAUUGGUGAGCUGGAGGCUGUCCUCCACAAGAUGUCAGAGAGCUUUACAAACUGUCAAGAUUUCAUCCAGCUGCAGGAGCAGAAGUUUUUCUGCCUAAAACUCCAACAUAUCCUGGACUUGAAGGAGCUCAAUGGUAAACAAUUAAGCAGCGCUUUGAAUGAACCUCCAACUGUGCAGAACUCCAUGACCCCGUGUGCAGUGACUGCACCGCCCUCCUUCCAGCACCUCUCCAACACUCAAACCAAGUCAAAGACGCAACAAGAGGACUGCACCCAGGAGCACAGGUCUGUGGCAGAAGGAGUGAUUUCAGAGAACCUCAGACCACACAGUGAUAACAGCACUGCGGACAGCAGCUUUUACAGAAGGAGGUCUGCACCGGAGAGAGUGCAUAGCACCGCAUUCAGCACUGAUGAGAUCAAACAAGCAAAAUCUGACACCAGAUUAAGAAGAAAGACCUAUGGCAGUGAGCCACGUUUGCUGAGGACAGCUGAGCUGAAUGGAAGAAUAAAUAACAAUUCCUUCAUUGAAACGCCUGCAGCAAGGUUCACAUACGCCCCACAGCCCCUCUCCCUGGGUCGGAAGUCACCUGUCCACGCUCUCCUGACCUCUGACCCAAGCAGCUAGCACUGACAUGAUGCAACAGCCCCAAGAACAAAGACUGAACAGAUGUUUGGGCAUCAACACAAGGUUUUUUAAAAAUCCCAAAUUACUGCAUUUUUAUAAUUUAUUAAUAAAAUGUUUGUUUAUUAAAGAGCUUAGUAAGUUA